AUGGCAUCAACCAAAUCCGUAGCCCUCGUCAUUGGCGCUUCCCGUGGUAUAGGUCGCCAAAUAGCCAUUGAUCUGGCUAGCGAUGGCUACGCAGUAAUGCUAGCAGCAAAAUCCGCCUCCCCCACUGACACAACCUCUCCCUUCCCACCAGACCCCAACUCCAAAGCCUCAACAAUAACAACCGUCGCCCACGAAAUCCACCUAGCCGGGCACACAGCUGCAACAGUUGUCGUCGACGUCCGCAACCCAGACCAAAUCCAAAACGCCGUCGACGAAACGCUCCGCGUUUUCGGGCGCCUGGACGUGCUUGUGUAUAACUCGGGGGCGAUAUGGUGGUCUUCUGUUGAGAAUACGCCGUUGAAGAGGUUCAAGCUUAUGCAGCAGGUUAAUCCUGAGGGUCUUUAUGCGAGUGUUCAGGCUGUUUUGCCUGUUUUUGGGAAGGAGGGGAAGUGGAAGGGCAGGAUUGUGGUUGUUUGUCCGCCGAUUUAUUCGAGGUUUUUUAGGGGGAAGACGGGGUAUGCUAUGGGGAAGGUUGGUAUGAGUGUGCUGGUCAAGGGUCUUGCGAUGGAUUUCAUUCGUCAAGAACGGAGUGAAAUGGCUAUUACUGGGAUUUGGCCUGCCUCGUCCAUCGAAUCCGCCGCAACAGAAUUCAACAAAUCGGAAGAUAAAUCCUACAAAAGGGACCUCCGGAAACCGAAAAUCUUCUCCGACGCAAUCCUAGCCAUGCUCCGCGCCCCAGCUACCACUGUAAACGGCCUCCUCGAUACCGAUGAGGACUUUCUCCGCGAAAAAUGCGGUGUCACCGAUUUCUCCCAGUACGCUGUGAUUCCUGGCUCGACGCCUCGGCGGAUUAUGCCGGCGAAAUUUCCGGUGUUGGAGGUUGCGGAGCAGGAUGAUGAGGGGCAGAGAAUGGAUAGUACGAAGAUUCGGGCUAGUAAGAUGUAA